AUGCCCGAACACGAUGCGCUCGUGUUAUCGUAUAGCCACUUGGCCAAGCUUCCCAGAGCCAACGAUGCUUUGCAGACCUUGAAGAAAGUAGCUUCUCUUGUGAAGCCUAUAAUGCGAGUUCGCAACUGGAAAGUCCGAGAGUUGGCCGAGUUUUAUCCUGAACAACAGAAUCUGUUAGGUCUCAAUAUCAACCGAGGAGCCAAGAUAUGUCUUCGUUUGCGACAUGCUGGAGAUAAGAACCAGUUUAUGCCCAUCGAAAGCGUUGUUGAUACAAUGCUACACGAGUUGUCACACAUAGUCCAUGGCCCUCACGAUGCCAAGUUUCAUGCUCUCUGGGAUCAACUCAGAGAUGAGCACGAGGGUCUGGUUCUUAAAGGCUACACUGGAGAAGGCUUCCUUUCAGAGGGACGGCGUCUCGGAGGCUCAAGAAUACCACCUCUCGAAGCUCGUCGAGUAGCACGAGAGGCUGCAGAGAAGCGACGAGCUCGCCCCGGUACUGGAUCAGGCAAACGUCUAGGGGGCUCUGCUCCUCGGCCAGGUGAAGAUAUUCGGAGAGUUAUUGCGGAUGCUGCCGAGCGGCGGAGCAGGAUCCUCAAGGGAUGUGGCACAGAUAACCUCAGCGAAACUCAAAUUCGCAACAUUUCAGACAAUGCCACAAAGAACGGUUUUCGAAUACAGGCCGAAGAAGACGAGGCUAACGAUGCAGCCAUAGCUCAAGCCCUGUGGGAACUAGUACAGGAAGACAAAUCUGUCGAAUACGGCAAUUCAUACAUCGCUCCCACGGCAGACAAUCCAACUGGAAAUGGGGGCGGAUCAGUAAUCCCGCAUAGGGGACCUGGUGCUAGUUCGGAGAGGCCUAGAGAGCCUCCAGGUUGGACAUGCAGCACUUGUACUCUGCACAAUCCUGCCAACUAUCUCUGUUGUGACGCUUGUGGGAUGGAGCGGUCCGAGAUGAGUCCAAGGACACAACAGGUUAAGAACAACCGCCGAUCCAGAUCGCCAGUAUCGCAACCUGCUGUUAUUGACUUGACGACUUCGAGUCCGCCACGAGAUCGGCAGAAGCCCGCUACAACAUCGCGGAAUUCAAGACCAAGAGUCACAAGUCAAGAAGCUGCAUCGUCGGAACCACAGCCGCAGAUGUGGGAAUGUAGUUUUUGUGGGACGGUGAUGGAAAAGAAGUGGUGGACUUGUUCGACAUGUGGGAAAAUCAAGGACAAUUCACGAUAG